AUGUCUUAUUUUUUCCAGAAUAUUAAGGCAACUAAUGAUUUUGACGAAGAGGACCAAUACGAAGAAGAUCCAGAUGAAUUAAGAAGAAUCCUACAGAGACAACAGAGGAAUAGUAAAAUAUCUGCUGCUCAAAAACAUGAAUCUGAUAAUGGAAAUGAUAGUGAUGAUGACGAUUUAAAGACCUUGUCAUUUGGUGCUAUAAAAAAUGCAGACAAUAUCCUAGAAAAAGAAACUAAGACUGAACGACGUUCACAGGAUAAGGGAAAGCCCAAAACAUUCAGAGAAGAAAAAUUCGAAGAUUCUGAUAGUAAUAGUGAUCAACCUGAAAGUGAUGGACCAGAAUCAGAAUCAGAUUCCGAAGGUGGGUUUUUUGAAGAAGACAGUGACAAUGAUGAAACGGAAGAUAAUAAUAAUAAUAAUGUGAGAAACAGAAAGAGUGGCUCCAAUAAGAACCAAAGACAUAAGCAUGCACCAACCGAACAAUCCUCUAAGAAACGUGUAUCGCGAAUUAGAAAAAUAGAUGGGCUUAACGAUAACAGACAUGGUUCCAGUAUAUACCAGGAUAUUAGAUUCGAGAAAUCCACUGGGGCAGUUACCGAUGAAUCUGUGAUUAGGCGACGUUACGCAUUCCUUGAUGAAUACAGAGAGAAAGAGAUUUCAGAUCUUGAUGCUCUAUUGCAUGAUCGCAAAUUCGUUGAUAAAUUGAACGACAGAGAUCGUGAAGGCAUGGAAGGUGAUUUAAGAAGUAUGAAGUCUCGUUUACAAAGUAUCAAGAAUAAAGAUCUUGAAAAGAAUAUUAUUAAAGAAUAUGAAGAUAAUAUGAAUAAAGAUAAUCAAACGCGAUUCCAUUUAAAGAAGGCUGAUAAAAGGAAGGUUGUUCAAAAAUGGAAGUUUGAUCAUAUGAAGGCUAAACAACGUGAGAAGGUCAUGGAAAGAAAGAGAAAGAAGAGAUUAGGUAAAGAAUUUAAGCAAUUUGAAUUUCAUCAAAAUAGGUAA